AUGAACACUUUUCUUCGUGUGCUCGUGCAGUUUGGCUCCCUUCUUCAUCGGCAGGGCGCCGCGCGCGCGCGUGGACGCGCGGCGCUCCGAGCCGCACCUUUGGGGUGGUCUGGUAGGCAGUCAUGCCUGGUGCGUGCUGUGCUGCCUGCGUGCGCGCGCAAGCGCUUUUUUUUCUGGCCCAGCGCCUGCGCGCGCAAGCAUUUUUUUCUGGCCCAGCGCGCGCGCGGCGCUGCUUCGGGCGCCGAGCCGGCGCUGCGCGCUUGCCAGGCUCGGAAGCUCACUGGUCUGCGCCGGAAGCCACGGCCUACAGUCGACGCGGACGGCAGGGAUGCGCGACGUUCCAGGGUUGCCCGUGCAGCCUUCUCCCUCGGCCAACUCUUGGCCACCUUUGCUGGCCGCGCGCCCGCCCAAAGAAUGUCGACAUGGCCUGCAGAGGCCCUUGUAUCCUCAUCGUGUGCUUUCUAUUCUGCGCGUUGGCUGUAG